AUGGCUGCGCCCCCUGCUGCUGCCCCCGGAACUCGGGGAGCCGCAGGGGGCGUGCGCGGGGUGUCGGGUUCGGGCGCAGCAGCAGCAGCAGCAGCAGCAGCAGCAGCAACAACAGCAGCAGCAGGCGGCGCUGCUGCUGCUGCUGCUGCUGCUGCUGGGGGCGCAGUGGCGUGCGCGUCGCCGCCGGCGACCGCAGCAGCAGCAGCAGCAGCAGCCCUGGGGGCGGUGGCAGCAGCAGCAGCAGCGGGCGGCGUGCCGUCGCUGUCGCGCGUGGGCCUGGGCGCUGCUGCUGCUGCUGCUGCUGCUGCUGCUGCUGCUGCUGCUCCCGCAUGCAUCAACGGGGUCUACAAAGUCGGCAGAAAAAUCGGCAGCGGCUCCUUCGGGGCGCUUUAUGAAGGAGUGGAUUUGAAAGGCAAAGAAGUGGCCAUUAAGUUGGAGCCUGCUGCAACAAAACAUCCGCAGCUGCUUUACGAAGCAAGAAUCAUCAAGUUUCUGCAAGGAGGAAGUCCGCAGCAACUCUUUAUUCCAUUUAAUUCCAUUUCUCUUUAA